AUGGUCACACUUCAGGUGGCCGGCACCUCCCUGGAGAGCUCGCUGCUGAAGUACAGCGCCAAGGACUACUUCUUCCGGGCGCUGCUCUGCCACCUGUGCAUCGACGUCAUCAACGCCAACAACGCCGUGCAGCGCUACCAGGAGAUGUACCCGGCGUUCCAGGACUCGCGCGAGUGCAAGCUCAUCAAGACCAUCUGCACCCACCUGGAGGAGGAGAACGUGGACGCGUUCACCGAGACGGUCACCGAGUACGACUCGAUCUCGCGCCUCGACCAGUGGACCACCAUGAUGCUGAACCGGAUAAAGAAGACCAUACAGGAGGACCUGAAGUAGGCGCGCAAUCAGCCGCCGAGUCCACGUGGCCGGCCGGGGGAGGCCCCGCGCCGCCGACGAGUCCAUGCCUCGCUCUGGGGGGCGCAAGUCUGCUGGUUUAUUACUUUGUUGGUGUGAUAGUGUCGCUGACGGCUUCUUUUCUACCCGCAGGCGAUAGUCUGGGGCCUGGUUCCGAUAUAGCCAUGUAUUGUUGAGUUAUGCGGCGCCGGCGUGCGGGUAUAAUUUAUGUGCAUCGGUAGCUUGCGGUCGGAUGACUACCCUGGCGGGGCCGUUUCGGGCUGGUUUGUGCAGUAUAGGACGGUCUCGGACGUGUGGCGGGAUCACAGUGGGCUUGGGAGCGCCCCAUGUGAUGAGCUGAGCUGCCACACUAUAGCGUGUGAAUACCUUUGCGGCGGCCGGAGACGCCGUUCGCUCUCGCCUGCUAGCUACCCAUUCCAGUGUUUCAAGACGUCUUCUGUUCUGCGAAAUGGCGUUCGCAGCAACCGAGUCGCGUGGUGUUCUUCGCUUAUCCUGUCCGUGGCGUUCGACGGGGUACGUCGCAACCUUGAGUGGUAUUGCUAGUUGCCCUCACUGCACUUCCAGAACUAUCGACACGUAACCAGUCGCCCGUUGAGAUGCUCUCCGAUUUUACUAGCGUCGACUCCUUGGAGCCGUCAGCCGCGUGCGCUGCCGGCGCGUCGUGCUGAUCAGCCGUCGCAGCCCCGCGGCCGAUGGGACCCCGUCUCACCCUCCCCCGUAGCCUCUCGUGCUUGCCGGCGCAGCGGUCGGCCGCGUCGCCUCUCUCCGCUCUGUUCUGCGUGUCGUGCGUUCCGCUAGUGUCGGCCGGCCGUGCCCUCGGGCGUCGGCCGUGUCGUUUAGAGCAGUCCGGUGCGCCGCCACGGGUCGCCGGCUCAAUGGACGUCCAUCGCGGCGAAUAAAUCCAAAGAGAAGA